CAGGAUGUGUCGCAAAGCAGCAGCAAUGGCCGCAUGGCGACAACAACAGCGGGAGCUGUGAGAAGUUCAGAUCCAGCUUCCAGCUCUGCGGGACUCGGAAACAUGUCGCUCAGCCUGGAGCCGCUGGUGUCCGCCAUGUUGGAGGAGUUCAAGGACAAGGUGCUGACGGAGACCCGUCAGAGACUCAGAGGGGGGUCUGCAGGACUACAGACCUGUCAGAGACUCAGAGGGGGGUCUGCAGGAGGCUCAGAGCCUGAUCCGGAGCAGCUGCUGGCCGGACUCAGGACGCUCUGUGAGGCUCUGCUGCAGGAGCUCAGGAGGCUGCUGGAGGAGCAGCUGAGAGGACGGCAGCGGGACUCCGCCCCCCCUGAAGGAGACGCUCCUACAGCUGAAACCGGCCAAUCGGAGCGGACUCCUCCGGCGGACGGCAGCCCGACCUUCAGCUGCAGCAGCUUCUCCGGACGGACCGACCUGAGCGGCAGCGUCAGAGUCCGCCUGCUCACCGUGCACGGCGAGCGGCGGCCGCGCAGCUGCGCUCACUGCGGGAAGGUGUUCGGCACCCGCAGCCACCUCCGGACGCACCAGACGUCUGGCCGGACGCACGCGUGUUCGGCCUGCGGCGAGACGCUGGCGGCGAGGUGCUGCCUCCGAGAGCACAGACUGACCUGCCGGAGACGAGAGGAGAAGUUCAGGUGCGCGGAGUGCGGGAAGGAGUUCGGCAGACGCAGCUACCUGUCCGCACACCAGAGGGUCCACCUGCAGGACAAACCCUUCAAAUGCCCCACCUGUCAGAAAGGCUUCACCACGCGCCGCAGCGUCCACGUCCACCAGCUGACCGUCCACCGAGGGCUGCGCCCGUUCACCUGCAGCGUCUGCAGGAAGGCGUUCAGCCAGCAGAGCGGCCUCAGAGCUCACCUGAGGACGCACACGGGCGAGCGGCCGCACACCUGCGAGCAGUGCGGGAACAGCUUCUCCAGCAGGAGCAGCCUGACGGUCCACCGCCGCGUCCACACCGGCGAGAAGGCGUUCAGCUGCGACACCUGCGGGAAGAGCUUCAGCGUGUCGGCCAACCUGCGCCGCCACCGGCUCGUCCACUCCGGCCGCCGCGCGUUCAGCUGCGACGUGUGCGGCCGCGGCUUCACGCAGGCCGCACACCUGAAGGUGCACCGCACCGUGCACAGCGGCGAGUGGGCGUUCAUCUGCAACGCCUGCGGGAAGGGCUUCAGGCAGCGCAGCGCCCUGCAGGUGCACGAGCGCAGCCACGCCGGCAUCAAACCGCACGGCUGCAGCGAGUGCGGAAAAAACUUCUCCUCGUCCGCGUCGCUGAAGCGCCACCGGCUGGCCCACGGCGGGCAGAGGGCGCACACCUGCGAGGAGUGCGGGAAGAGCUUCACCAGCGCCCAGGUCCUGAAGACUCACCUGCGGCUGCACGCCGGCGCCAAGCCGUUCUCCCGCGACGUGUGCGGGCGCGGCUACAGCUCGCAGAGCUACCUGAAGAUGCACCGCCGCAGCCACUCGGAGGGGAAGCCCUUCAGCUGCGCUCGGUGUCAGAAGACCUUCUCCACGCAGGCGAGCGCCAAGCUGCACGAGCGCACGCACAGCGGCGAGAAGCCGUACGUGUGCGAGGUCUGCGGGAAGAGCUUCAGCGUGUCGCAGAACCUCGUCAGACACAAACGCGUCCACAGCGGAGAGAAGCCGUUUGAGUGCGGCGUCUGCGGGAGGAAGUUCAGCCAGAACAGCAACCUGAAGACUCACCUGCAGGUGCACACGGGACACAAGGCCUUCAGCUGCUCCGCCUGCAGCCGCCGCUUCUCCUCCACCCGCAGCCUGCGCCAGCACAGGUGCGCCUCCGCCGGCACGCCGGGAACAGGACGCGCGGGACAAGGUGUCCCACGCGGAUCAGAGCUGACGUGAGUCCGGGUCCGGGUUCUGAGAACAGUUCUCGUGUUAGGUUGGUUUGGUUUGAACGAGUUAAUGAUUUAAUCAAAAGUCAGCCGGUUCUGAAGGUCCGGCAGAAGAAGAGGGAGGAAACCCUCCGAGCUGUGGGUCCUCUGGUGGGUCGGACCAGAACUUCAACUGGCCCCCGGACAGACCUGACUGUAUUUAUUAGCCGGGCUCUGUUUGAGUCAGUCAGCGGGGAAGCAGCGGAGUUCCUUCGGUCCACAUCGUCCUGGAAACGUUUCCUUUGAGACAAACUUUAAGUUAUAACUUUUAUUUUGUAGGAGUUUAAAUCUUGUGAGAGGCAGCGGGGACUUCCUGUCCCGGUUCAUUCCUGUCCCGGUUCAUUCCUCCAGUCAACUAACUGAUCAGAAGUCUGUAAAAACAGAAAGAAAUAAAUUCAUUGUUUGUUGUGUUUUUUCUUUUCUUACAGGAAAAUAAACAGCUGCAGCACCUAAUGAGUAGAUGAAUGAGUGAAUGAAAACGGUAAAAAAUAAAUGAACAUGUCUGAAAAGUAA